AUACGAAUUUACCUGCGACAAAAAUAAUCGUGGAAGAACACUUGAUAACGGAUAUAGAAGUUGAUAUCACGUAGGCAAAGGUAUAAUGCUUGGCAACCGCUCGUUUACAUUUGUGCACCUUGUGUUGCCCUAGUGGAAUUGUACUGUUUUUUUUUGUUAAAUUCCUUGGAUUGUACUAUUUAAUGACGAAAGAUGUCAAAUUCAAAGUUUAAACUAACUGGAGAAAACACCAACCUUGGUCGUGUGGCCCAGAUGAUAUUGGGUCCAUGCACUAACGUACUACGUGAUGUUCUUAGGAACGAAAUUUCUCCGUCCAAUUUGGAAACGAAAGUCAGAGCUUAUAUUGCUAAAACAAAGAAACCACUGAUCAACCAACACCAAAAGACACUCGUCUACAAUAAAGAUUACUUAAAAUUCGAUGUUACGUUACUGUACUUUUUAUUACGGAAUAUGUGCUCGAUCCAACCGCAUUCAAACAAAUGGGGAAACAACCCACAUCCCGGAGAUAGAGGUGUGUCAGGAAACAUCGAACGGAUUCGUCUGAUAAGAAAUGAAUAUGGACAUAAUUCGGAAAGAUCUAUCUCCGAUACAGACUUUAAAAUAAAAUACCAAGAUAUUAAGGGCAUCGUUAAAGAGUUGGAGAACUACUUAGGUAGUAGUUCUACUAAAUACCAGGACGAAGUAAAGGAACUGAAAACUUGUACCAUGGAUCCUACUCAAAGCGAAAAAAAUAUCAAAGAGCUUCUUGACCUCCAUGAAAAAAUUAAAGACAUUUCAGAGGAUGUCAAAGAAAUAAAGAAGACAGUUCUUCCUUGGAAUAUAAAAGUUAUAUAUGAAAAGGACGUUCUUAAAUGGAAAGAAGAUGACGUUUUUUUUGUUGAAACCCACAACUUUUACGCGAUGCUAAACAAAGUUAGACAGCAUCCGUUUGUGACGUUUGUUGGUGUCCCUGGCUCAGGAAAAACAGCUACAGCCCGCCACAUUGCACUGUUUUUGCAAGAGAAAGACGGGUAUGAAAUAUUACCAACCAAAGACAUAAAGGACAUUGAAACGUAUUGUAACCCUCGCAAUCCACAAGUGUUUGUUAUUGAUGAUGUCCUAGGUGUGUUUGGGUUUGACAUGAAGGAACUUGAGAAGGUCACCAUGUAUAAAGAUAGAUUAAAUGAACCUACAAUGCCAGCCACCAAGGUUCUUAUGACAUGCCGGGAGGUAGUUUUCAAACAUGAAGCUUUCUCAGGAUCCAUUUUGUCAAAUAAAAAACACGUAGUUCAGUUACACAGCGAAGAGAAUGCUUUAAAUGAUCAAGAUAAAUAUGAUUUAUUUGCAAAAUACAACUUAGAUAAAGAUUUGUUAUCAGCAGACACUUUGUCAAAAUUAUCGAAAAGUUUUCCAUAUCUAUGCAAAUUGUUUUCAAGAAAGGAAGAGUUAGAACAUUAUGGGCUACAGUUUUUUAUUUCACCUGUUCCAUGUAUAUUGGAACUUCUGGACAACAUGAAAAUAAGAAACAAGGAUCAUUAUGCUUCAUUAGUUUUAUUAAUGACCAAUCAAAAUUCACUGUCAGAAAAAAAAUCUAACAUAGAAAACACGACGUAUUUUGAUGAAAUGAAGUUCAAGGUUUUAAAAAGAUGCAAAGUUGACCAUACGAUCUGUAGUUUUAAUUUUAUUGAUGCAUUGGCUGAAAUGGAAGGGACUUACACUGAGCAACGUCAAAAAGAGUUUAAAUUUAUUCACGAUUCUAUGCUUGAAAUAAUCGCCUAUCAUUUUGGUCGUCACUUUCCAGAGCUAAUUUUGCAAUAUAUGGAUAGUGAUUACAUUGCUAAUUAUAUCAAACCAGGCAAAUGCAAAUGUAGGAAACGUAAAAGAGAAGAAGACGAAUUAGACCAAACAGUCGAUGAGAAGGAAGACAGUGAUACAGUUGACGACGAAGAAUAUGUGCAUGAUUUGUGUAUAAAACUACAGGAGUCCCAUUACCAUUUACUUGCUGAUCGUUUGUUUGAAGAUAUACAUAAUGGCGAGUUGUUUAAUGUUUUUAAAAACGAAGCGUUAAAAAAUCCAUUGGUGCUUCAAAUUUUUUUGGAUUUGAUGAAUAGUAAGCCUUAUUCAGACUUGUUCACCGUAUUUCUGUCAGAUUUAAAAGAACAACAAGUUAAACCAGCAAAAUCAUCUAAAAAACAUUUUUUUCCGAGCAAGAGCUAUGAUUUACUCAUUAAUUUAAUGUGCAUUAACAUCAACGAAGAUGUUGACUUUUACACGUGUGCUCGUGCCAUUGACUGGGUUAUAUUCUAUGGACACAAUCGAAUUUUACAGUUUAUCAUAGAUCAGAUAAUAAAAAACACCAAAACGGUUAAUGACCUAUUUCGAACUCCUUUCAACUUUCAAUCGGAUGAAUUUUGUACUACAGUACAGGGUACAGAUUGUAAAAAAAGAAAUGAAUCAGAUAUUGAUGAUAACAGUACAGGGAGAUGUGAUGUGUCAGAAGAGUCUGAAGAUGAAUCUUGGUCCGAUUUAUGCUCCGAAAGAGGCGAUGAAUGUUUGGGGGCCGAAGAAAUCUUAAUUGAGAAGCGCCGCCUCCUUAAUCUCAGUUGUUAUAGUGGUGACCUUCUGACUUUCCAAACUUUACUUCGAUAUUGUGAUAAUAAAGUCCUUUUUUCUGAUUUAUCGUGGAAAGACGACUUUUUUGAUGAUGUUUAUGAUGAUGAUAAUGAUGAUAAUGAUUUGAAAAUUCAUGAUCCACCAAUUGUUGUUGCAAGCAAAACUGGACAUUUGAAUAUACUUCUUGAGCUGUUAAACCUUCGUGCAUAUGUAAAUGACGACAGCUAUUGUGAUAAAUCACUGGUUGUUGCAUGUUCAAAAGGACAUUUAGAUAUAGUUAUUGAAUUGUUAAAACGUAAAGCAAAUGUCAAUAUAAAAGAUUAUAAUAGGACCCCACUAAUUGUUGCGUGUUUAAACGGACAUUUAGAUGUAGUUCUUGAAUUGUUAAGACAUGGGGCAGAUGUCAAUAUCACAGUUUCUGAUAAUUCACCCCUUAUUGCUGCAUGUGCAAAAGGACAUUUAGAUGUAGUUCUUGAAUUGUUAAAACAUGGGGCAGAUGUCAAUAUCACAGUUUCUGGUUGUUCACCUCUUAGUUCUGCAUGUUCAGAGGGAUAUCUUGAUAUAGUACUUCAAUUGUUAAAACACGGAGCAUAUGUAGAUAUGAAAGGUUUUUUUAAAUCACCCCUUAUUGCUGCGUGUUCGAUAAAUUGUAUUUUAAAGGGAAACAAUUUGUUAAGACAAGGUAAAGGUGUCGAUACCGGAUAUUUAAUAGAUAAAUCCAAUUAUGCUGAAUGCUCAAAAGUCCAGUUAGACAUGAUACACGAACUCUUAAAACAUAAAGCAGAUGUCAACAUCAAAACAUGUCUUGAUUCACCUCUUAUUGCUGCUUGUUCAAAUAAAUAUAUAAAUGAAGGUGCUGUACGAGAAUUGCUAAAACAUGGUGCAGAUGUCAAUCUGACUAAUACUUAUGAUUCCCCACUUAUCGCUACAUGUAGAAAUGGACGUUUUGAUUUAGUUAUUGAAUUGUUAAAACAUGGAGCUGAUGUCAAUAUCACAGGUCGUUAUUCUUCUCCACUAAUUGCUGCGUGUUCAUACAAGAGUUUAGAUAUCAUAUCCAAAUUGCUAAAACAUGGAGCAGAUGCCAAUGUCAUAGUUUCUGACAGAUUACCACUUAUUAUUGCAUGUACAGAAGGACAUUUAGAUAUGGUUCGUGAACUGUUAAAACAUGGAGCAGAUGUCAAUGCCAGGGUUUCUAACAAUUCUCCACUUCUUGAAGCAUGUUCAAGGGGACAUUUAAGCAUAGUCCAUGAAUUGUUAAAACAUAGUGCAGAUGUCAAUGCCAUGGUUUCUAAUAACUCUCCACUUCUUGAGGCAUGUUCAAAAGGACAUCUAAAUAUAGUCAAAGAAUUGUUCAAACAUGGAGCAGAUGUGAAUGCCAUGGUUUCUAAUAACUAUCCACUUCGUAAAGCAUGUUCAAUAGGACAUUUACAUUUAGUCCUGGAACUGUUAAAACAUGGAGCAAAUGUGAAUGCCAUGGUUUCUAAUAACUCUCCACUUCUUGAAGCAUGUUCAAAAGGACAUUUAAGCAUAGUCCAUGAGCUGUUAAAACAUGGUGCAGAUGCCAAUAUGAAAGUUUCUGAAAAUUCCCCACUCAUUGCUGCGUGUUCAAAUGGGAAUUACGAUGUGAUAAAUGAACUCUUAAACCAUGGAUCAGAUGUCAAUAUGAUUGUUUCGGGUUGGUCACCACUUACUGCUUCAUGUUUUAUUCAUUAUGAUGAAAUAUCACGUGAGUAUUACCAAAGAAAAUCUGCCGAAAUCGUAUACUCUGGGAAAAUACUAGAUUUAUGUUCGAAAGUGCAUUUGAAUAUAAUACGCACUCUCAUAAAACAUGGAGCAGAUAUCAAUGGCAAAAACUGUACAGAUUCACCUCUUAUUGCUUCUUGCUUAGAAGGUCAUUUGGAUAUUUUAAAUGAAUUGUUAAAACAUGGAGCAGACGUCAACAAAGGUUCACCACUUACUGCGGCUUGUUCAAAAGGUCAUUUGAAUGUUGUAAAGGAAUUGUUAAAAAAUGGAGCAAAUGUCAACAUCACAGUUUCUGAUAAUUCACCCCUUAUUGCUGCCUGUUCACAAGGUCAUUUGAGUGUUGUAAAUGAAUUGUUAAAACAAGGAGCAGAUGUUAAUAUCACAGUUUCUGAUAGUUCACCACUUAUUGUUGCAUGUUCAAAAGGGUACCUAGAUAUAAUACGUUUACUAUUAAAACAUGAAGCAAAUGUAAACAUCACAGUUUCUGGUAAUUCACCACUUACUGCUUCAUGUCUCAUAGAUUAUCGACUUAUGAAGUUUAAUUUGUCAAAACAAACAGCAUAUGCAAAUACCAUUUCUGAUGAUACAUUAUUUCGUUUGUCAUGUUCAAAAGUUCAUUUAGCUGUAAUACGUCAACUGUUACAACAUGGAGCCGAUGUCAAUGUCAGACACUGUAAAGACUCACCUUUGAAUGCGUCUUGCUCACAAGGACAUUUAAAUAUAGUUCGUGAACUCCUUAAACACGGUGCAGAUGUCAAUACCAUAGUUAAUGAUAUGUCACCACUUAUCACAGCUUGUCAAGAUAAACAUUUAGAUAUAGUGGAUGAAUUGGUAAAACAUGGAGCAGAUAUCAAUAUCACAGUUUCUGAUAAUUCACCUGUUAUUGCUGCAUGUUCAGAGGGACAUCUUGAUAUAGUGCUUGAAUUGUUAAAACAUGGGGCAAAUGUCAAUAUCAUAGUUAAUGAUAGUACUCCACUUAUUACAGCUUGUCAAAAAUGGCAAUCAGAUAUAGUUCUUGAAUUGUUAAAACAUGGGGCAGAUGUCAAUGUUAUAUAUUCUGAUAAUUUACCCCUUAUUGCUGCAUGUGGAAAAGGACAUUUAGAUAUAGUUCUUGAAUUGUUAAGACAUGGGGCAGAUGUCAAUCUCACAGUUUCUGAUAAUUCACCCCUUAUUGCUGCAUGUACAAAAGGAAAUUUAAAUGUCGUUCUUGAAUUGUUAAGACAUGGGGCAGAUGUCAAUCUCACAGUUUCUGAUAAUUCGCCCCUUAUUGCUGCAUGUGCAAAAGGACAUUUAGAUAUAGUACUUGAAUUGUUAAGAUAUGGGGCAGAUGUCAAUAGUACAUAUAAUGAUAUAUCCCGAUACAUUGAUGUUUGUUCAAUAGGGACGUUUAUGUAAUGUUUGUGAACUGUUAAAUCAUGGAAUAGAUGCCAAUAUCACAGUUUCCGAUACUUGCCAGCUUAUUGAUGUUUGUUCAAGAAGACAUUUAGAUAUAACAUGUUAAGUGUUAUAAAAUGGAGCAGGUAAAAACACCACAAGCUCAAAAGAUUCCCCACUGAUUGUUGUAUGUUCAGAAGGAUAUUCAGACUUAAAACGUGAACUUUUAAAAAUGAAGCAGAUGUCAACAGAAGAGUUUCUGACGUGUCACUAUUUAUUGCUGCUAGUUCAAAAGGUUGUUUAAGUAUAAAAUUUGAAUUGUUAACGUACGAAAGGUAUAGUAUAUGUUUCAUCUUUCUAUUAUAAAAUAUAGCAUAUGUUUCAUUUUUCUGUUAAAUUUGCCUCCAAAAGCCAUUAUGAUAUGUGCACUGUUAAAGCAUUGUUUGUGUGUUGUUUAAAAUGAUACAUCGUGUUUAAGUACAAUUUCAAUUUGAAAUAAAACUUUGAUUGAAUUGUUUUGAAUAAUUAAAAACAUAUA